GGGUGGCAGCGGAGGGAGGAGGAUGCGCGCGGGCGGCAGGGCGGCCCCGGGGGCGCUAGCGCUGGUCCGCCACUGCCUCCUGCUCGGCUCUCUGGGGCUGCGCUCUGCCAGCGCACAGGACGGUGAGUGCUGAUUGCGGAGCACCGGCGGCGGGACAUCCCACACCGGGACGCGACACCGGGAGCCCCACUCCCACCGGUACCGCCGGAGCUUCUGGUUCGCUCGCCGGGAUGGGACCGGAACUUGGUGCGGUAUGGGGACUGGGAAGGGGUCGCCUCUGCCCCGACACGGUCCGGAACGGGCUCUUCGCUGUGUCUGUACCGGGGUCGAAUCCGGAUGGGCUCCCGGGAAGUUCCCCCUUGUGACCAGAGCAGACCACACCGGCACAGGGCCGUCGUGGUGCGCCUGCCCCGGUUCCUUUCCUGAACGCGAUCUCUGCCAUCCCUCUGUCCCGGUACCCGACUGGACGGGGUCCCCGCCGUCCGUCUGUCCUGGUACUGGUCCGGGACGGGGUCCCCAGUAUCCCUCUGCUCCUGUACCGGACGGGACGAGCUCUGUCCCUGCCCCCACCAUCCCCGCAUCACGCUGGUUCUGCACCCGCCCAUUUUCCCCGCAACCCCCCCAGCUCUCUCAGUCCCUGCCCUGGUGGCGACUACGCCGGGGGUCCCGAGAGUCCCGCGUUCGGCUCCAUCCCGCCUGCAAGGCUUUCCCGGGGAACCCCCAAUCCACGGGUUAAGAGGAUCGCUGGAGUUUACAUGCAGAGCCGGGCAGUGGCCUCCAUCCCGGGAAUGCCGCUCCCGGGAGGAUUUGUAGCCGUGGGGUCCAGGACGAGCCCGAGGAAAUGAUCAACGUGAUCCCAAAGUUCAUGUUUCCCUGUGUCACUCGUCCCCAACUCAUCCAAGAGCGAGGAAACAACGACGGGUCAUCCAAAGCAUUAUCCCCGAGGGGAAACUGAGGCGCUGGGACAGGCUGGGAUCACUGGAGGCUGAAUCCCACCCAGUUUUGCCAAGAAAUUAUGGCCAGGUCUCAAUGCUUGGUGCUUUCAGCUUAUUUCCAGGAUAUUCCCUCAUGCCCAGACGCAGUGAGCCCAGAGAAAAGCCCCUUUUGUGGUGAGUCCGGCAUCGCCCUGGGAAGGAUACAAUGGGGAUGCAGCUGCCCAAGGUUAUCUUCAAGGUCAAGGCUGCAGUCAGGGGGUCUUGGGGGCUGCUCAGUCCUGUAUAGCCCCAUGGAGUGGGGAUAUUCUCUCCUUCAAUCCUUUUAUAUCCCCCCCAAUUUGAAGUUCUCCUGGACUGCAGGAUGUAGAGGAGCUGGAGGUAGAGGGUCAUGCUGGGUGGUGUGGGGGAAGCUGUGGCAGCUUCAUCCCUGGAUCCGCCUGUGGACGGUUCCCAGUGCCAGGAGCAUCCAGAAGAGCCCCCAGAAAAUGAUGCUUUGGAUGAGGAAAAUGUCUGCAGGAAACGGCUGUGGCCACACACUGCUGACACCCCACAGUGGCACCCUGAGCUCCAAGAACUACCCGGGCACGUAUCCCAACCACACCAUGUGUUGCUGGCGGCUCCAAGCCCCCCCAGGCACCUCCAUACUCCUGGCAUUCGGGGAUGUGGAUCUGGAGCCCUCAGAGCACUGUGCCCACAGUUCCUUGCUGCUCGCUGACCCCCAGACCGGCACUGCCUACGGGCCCUACUGCAGGAACUCCGUCCCUUCUGCCUCACUUCUGGUGACAAACUCCAGCACUGUGACCGUCCUAUUCAACAGCACCAGCCACCGCUCGGGACGAGGCCUCCUUGUGUCCUAUGCCACCUCGCAGCACCCAGACCUGGUCUCCUGCCUGGUUCGAGGCACCCACUACACCCAGGAGCACAUCAGUGUGUACUGCCCUGCAGGCUGCAAGGACAUCCAUGGGGACAUCUGGGGCAACCCGAGCCAGGGCUACCGGGAUACAUCGGUGCUGUGCAAGGCAGCUGUGCAUGCCGGGGUGAUUGCGGAUGAGCUGGGCGGGCAGGUCACCCUGUCCCGAGAGAAGGGGAUCACACUCUAUGAGUCGGCCUUUGCCAACGGGCUCCGCUCCAAAAGGGGAUCUCUCUCCGAGAAACGACUUGUAUUCCACAAAGACUGUGAUGAUGUGCUGGAGGUGGUCACCUUCAAUGCCUCGUCCUGGUGGCAUGAGGUGGACGUGCUGGGCCAGGUCCGAGCCUGGGUGGCUGAACGGGCAGCACUUAGCACCACUGGCCACUCCUGGGCGGCUGAACCCGGUGCCAAGGCUGCCUGGCUGGAGCUGGACCUGGGCACCCGAAGGAAUGUCACAGGCAUCAUCACAAAGGGCUCCUCUGAGCAGCACAACUACUACGUGAUGUCCUACCAUGUCUCCUCUAGCCGCGACGGGAAGAACUGGAGACCCUACAGAGGCAGCAGUGGUCAGGAGGACAAGGUGUUUGAAGGAAAUGCUGACAGCCAGGGGGAGGUCUCUAACGCCUUUAUCCCCCCCAUCAUCGCUCGCUACAUCCGUGUCACACCGCAGAGCUGGCACCAGCGCAUUGCCCUGAAGGUGGCCCUGAUGGGCUGCCAGCUGGCACGAGUCCGCAUACCCCGUCCCUAUGUGCCCAGUGUCCCCAAGGAGGUGCUUGAAGCCACCCGCCAGCCAGCCAGCCGCACCCCCAUCCCUGGCAUCACCCUGGACCCAGAAAAGGCAGGCUCCACACUGCUGGUGAUGCUGCUUAUUGGCAGCUUUGUGCUUCUCUGCUCCUGCCUCCUGCUCCUGGCUUUCCUCUGCUACAGGAAGAGGAAGUCAGCAGUGGAGCUGAACUGCGGGAUCACAAAAGGGUACCCCAAGCUGGAGUCGAGCCAGGUCUGCUCCCUGCAGAGCCUGCCAGCGCCCAGCCUGGCCUCCUUCCCCAUGACCCCCACACCAGGGGACCUCAGCUGGACCCAUUCGCCAGAGUACACGGAGCCAGACCUGGUGCAGGUGAACCCCAGCAGCCAGACAGGUCCCUCCACCUUUAAGCCACUCUUGGAAGAGGGCUACACUCUACCACUGGUCCUCAACCACUACGACGUCCCAGGGAAGCACAAUGAGUAUGCGGAGCCACUGCCACCAGAGCCUGAGUACGCCAUGCCAUUCAGUGAGCCGGAGCCUGCCGGGAUGCACCGCAGCACUUGCAUCAUAACAGGACCUGCCAGGUGCUCCCCGGUGCAGUACCAGACCCCUGCCCUGCGGCCUGGGGAGCUGCCAGCUGCGGUGGAGGGGACUGGCAGCCCCUAUUCUGAGGGGUCCUGUGGGUGGCCUAGGCACUGUCCCCUUGCGCAUGUGUACCAUGAAGCUUUGUGAGGAGGGGAGUACAGCAGCACGGUAAUGGGCAGGGGGGAAGGCGUGUAAAGGAGGACCUUCUCCGCACUCGCAAUGGGCUUUUUUAAAGUUAUUAUAUGUUAAUAUAUGCUUUAUAUAUAGAAAGACAGAUAUGGAGUGGAGUGCCCUGCACCGCCUGCUGGCCGGGGAUGCAACCAAUGCACCCGGGCCAGAGUGUUACAGUCCUUGUCGCACCUUUCUCGCCGUUCAUGGUAUCAUAGCCUCCGGCCACGCUGAGAGACGACACAGUACGCCGGAGCACCAGGAACCCCUCGCAGUUACAGGAACUGCCCACAACCCGUUCUCUGCCAUUCACUGAUUCCGGGGUGCCGGAACAGGCGGUUACCGGCAUCCCCCUCUCACAAAAAUUGUGCUUCCGAAAUCUCUUGAUGUCGAUUCCGCGGGGGUAGCGCGCAGCCUCCCCCGUGCCACGCACGGCAGAAGCCCUUUUUAAAUCGUUUCUCUGACCCCACCCACAACGGGAAAGCGCGGGUGUACCCGCUAGGACAGGGCGACAGACGCCGCAGAUACUAAACAUGCUGGUCGGUAUGUCUGUUCUUUCUUCCACUCUCAACUCAUUUUUUAUCGCCAUUUCUGUG